GGCAGGCUGAGUGAGCCAGGAGGAGGGAGGAGGAGGAGGAGGGUCCGCGCGCGGGCGGACGCGAAGGGCCACCGCGUGGGGAGGCGACGAGCCCCGGCGGCCCCCCGGAGGAGGAGGAGGGAGCGCGCCCCGCCGCUCGCAGCCAGGUAGCAGCCGCCGCCGCCGCAGCAGCGCAGCCCGCCGAAGUCUUGCUGCCUUCACCCUAAAAAUGUCCAGGAAAAAUCUCGACUAUGGGGAGCUUCCGGAGUAUGAGAAGAGUCAGAUCAAAAGGACUCUGGAGCUGGGCACUGUCAUGACUGUGUACAGCCUCAAAAAGAGUAAUCCAGAGAGGAGGACGCUCCAAGUCAUCAUGGAAACCAGGCAGGUAGCGUGGAGUAAGACGGCUGACAAAAUAGAAGGAGUCUUGGAUUUGAUAGAAAUAAAAGAAAUCCGGCCUGGAAGGAAUUCAAAGGAUUUUGAGCGUGGGAAAGCAUCACGGCAAAAAGAUGAGCAUUGUUUUACUGUUUUCUAUGGUACUCAAUUUGUUCUCAACACCUUAAGUUUGGCAGCUGAUUCAAUGGAUGAUGCCGACAAGUGGCUGUGUGGCUUGAAUAUUUUGCAUCAGGAAGUUAUGAAUGCGUCUACACUCGCAGUUACAGAGAGCUGGCUGAGAAAGCAGAUCUACUCUGUGGAUCAAACCAGAAGGAACAGCAUCAGCCUCAGGGAACUGAAGACUGUGCUCCCAUCAGCAAACUUCAAAGUGAGCAGUAUGAAGUUCUUGAAGGAUAAAUUUGCAGAAAUAAAAGCUGUCAAGGAAGAACUUAACUUUGAGCAGUUUCAUCAGUUCUACAAGAGAAUUAUGUUUGAGCAACAAAAAUCGAUUCUUGAUGAAUUUAAGAAGGAUUCCACAAUGUUUUUUCUAGGAAACACAGAUCGCCCAGAGGCUUCUGCUGUGCUUUUGCAUGACUUCCAGAGAUUUUUGCUUCAUGAACAGCAGGAAGCUUGGGCUCAGGAUCUUAAUAAAGUAAGAGAGCGGAUGUCUAAAUUUGUAGAUGAUACUAUGAGGGAAACUAACGAACCGUUCCUCUUUGUUGAUGAGUUUCUUACUUACCUUUUCUCAAAAGAAAACAGUAUUUGGGAUGAUAAGUUUGACACAGUAGAUCCUCAGGACAUGAAUAAUCCUUUGUCUCACUAUUGGAUUUCUUCGUCACAUAAUACAUACCUCACAGGAGACCAGCUUCGUAGUGAAUCUUCUCCAGAAGCCUACAUCCGGUGCCUUCGGAUGGGAUGCCGAUGUAUUGAGUUGGAUUGCUGGGAUGGUCCUGAUGGGAAACCCAUAAUUUAUCAUGGAUGGACACGGACGACAAAAAUAAAAUUUGAUGAUGUUGUGCAGGCAAUCAAGGAACAUGCAUUUGUUACAUCUGAGUACCCCGUGAUUUUGUCCAUUGAGGAGCAUUGCACCGUGGAGCAGCAGCGUUACAUCGCCAAGGUCUUCCGGGAGGUGUUUGGGGAGCAGCUCCUGACCAAGCCCAUUGAAGCGAGUGCUGAUCAGCUGCCGUCGCCCACUCAGCUGAAGGAAAAGUUCAUAAUCAAGCAUAAAAAACUGGGGCCUAAGGGUGACAUAGAUGUAAACACAGAAGACAAGAAAGAAGAGAAAAAGCAGCAAGGAGAACUCUUCAUGUGGGACAUGAUAGACCAGAAAUGGAAUCGUCAUUAUUGUGCUGUGGCUGAUGAAAAGCUUUCAUUCAGUGAUAAUCUAGAACAGAACACUGAGGAAGAAUCAUCAAAGGAAGUGAAGUCUACUGAGCUGCAUUAUAGUGAGAAAUGGUUCCAUGGAAAAAUGAAAGAAGGUAGAACUACAGCGGAGAAGCUGCUUCAGGAGUAUUGUGCGGAAAUGGGUGGCAAAGACGGGACCUUCUUAGUGAGGGAGAGUGAAGCCUUCCCUAAUGACUACACACUGUCAUUCUGGAGAUCAGGUAGAGUUCAGCACUGCCGCAUCCGAUCCUCGACUGAUGGAGAGACCAUAAAAUAUUACCUGACUGACAAUCUCACCUUCGAUAGCAUCUGCGAUCUAGUUCAACAUUACAGAGGGGCGCACUUGCGGUGUGCCGAGUUUGAGCUGCGUCUGACUGAUGCUGUGCCUUACCCCAAGCCUCAUGAAUCGAAGGCUUGGUACUAUGAUAAUCUGAGCCGAGGGGAAGCAGAAGAUAUGCUGAUGCGAAUUCCUCGGGAUGGAGCUUUUCUGAUACGGAAGAGAGAUGCACCCAAUUCCUAUGCCAUGACUUUCAGAGCUGAAGGGAAAGUGAAACACUGCCGCAUCAAGCAAGAAGGCCGCCUUUUUGUCCUGGGAACAUCUGCUUACUUUGAGAGCUUAGUAGAACUGGUGAACUACUAUGAGAAGCAUCCAUUGUACCGGAAAAUGAAAUUGCGUUAUCCUGUGACGGAGGCGCUGCUUGAUCGCUAUAGCACGGAAAAAGAUCCUAACUCACUAUAUGAUGUGAAGAUGUAUGUGGAGCCCACUGAAAUAACACCUUCUGUGCCUCAAAGAACUGUGAAGGCCUUGUAUGAUUACCAAGCAAAAAGAGAUGAUGAGUUGACCUUUUGCAGAGGUGCCUUAAUUCAUAAUGUCUCGAAAGAAAGUGGAGGCUGGUGGAAAGGAGAUUAUGGAGACAAAGUUCAGUACUAUUUUCCAUCCAAUUAUGUUGAAGACAUGUCCACUGAUAACACAGAAGAACUUGAGAGCCAGAUCAUUGAAGAUAAUCCUUUAGGGCCUCUUUGCCGGGGUAUUUUGGACCUUAACAUGUAUAACGUCGCAAAACUGCCACAAGGAAAAAAUGGCAAGUUGUUCGUCUUUGUCCUGGAACCCAAGAAUGCUGAUGACCCUUCUGUUGAGUUUGCUACUGAGAAAGUGGAAGAGCUGUUUCAGUGGUAUCAGAGCAUCAGGGAAAUCACAUGGAAGACGAGAGAUCAGAACGAUAAGAAGCGAAUAUGGGAAAAGAACCAGUUAAUUGCUAUGGAAUUAUCUGACUUGGUAAUCUACUGCAAACCAACAAGCAAAACCAAGGACAACCUAGAACAUCCUGACUUCAAAGAAAUCCGUUCCUUUGUGGAGACCAAGGCAGAAGGCAUUGUCAAGCAAAAGCCUGUUGAUCUACUGAAAUACAAUCAGAAGGGGCUGACGCGGAUAUACCCAAAAGGGCAGAGGGUGGACUCCUCCAAUUAUGACCCAUUCCGCUUCUGGUUUUGUGGCUCACAGAUGGUGGCUCUUAAUUUUCAGACUCCAGAUAAAUACAUGCAGAUGAAUCAUGCGUUGUUUUCACUGAAUGGCCGAACUGGUUAUGUGCUCCAGCCAGAAAGUAUGAGGAGUGAGGCGUAUGACCCAGUGCCAAACGAAUCCAAGAAGAAACUACAGAUGAUUUUGACAGUGAGGGUCAUUGCUGCUCGCCAUCUCCCUAAGCCUGGAAGAAAUAUUGCCUGCCCAUUUAUAGAGGUGGAAAUUUGCGGGGUUGAAUACGACAACAAUAAGUUCAAGACAACGGUUGUCAAUGACAAUGGCCUUAACCCAGUCUGGGUGUCAUCUCAGGAGCAAGUGAAGUUUGAAAUCUAUGACCCCAGCCUAGCAUUUCUGCGCUUCGUUGUGUAUGAGGAGGAUAUAUUCAGUGACCCCAACUUCUUAGCACAUGGCACUUUCCCACUUAAAGGAAUCAAAUCAGGCUUUCGGUCAGUUCCUCUCAAAAAUGGGUAUAGCGAGGAUAUAGAGCUGGCUUCGCUCUUGGUCUACUGUGAGAUGCAGCAAGUUCCGGAAGGCGAAGAAGAGCUCUAUUCAUCCUUUCGGCAGCUACGGAGGCGCCAAGCAGAGCUGAACAAUCAGCUGUACGACACCCGCCGUAACUUGAGGAACCCCAGCCGAGACGCGUUACUGAGAGAGUUCAAUGUGAACGAGGGUCAGCUGCAAGUUUACCAAGAGACCUGCAACAGAAAACUGAGGGAGAAAAAAGUCAGCAACAGCAAAUUCUACUCCUAGAGAACCCAGUUCCUUUGGUGUAGUGCAUAUAAAGGCACAAGGUGGACCUGAACUACGCCUCCAACGGUUGUCAGGGAGCAGACACUGCAGCAAUUUCUCUCUGGAUAAAACGGUCUUUGAAAUUGCGUCCUGAGUGUUGUUAAAGCACCUGAUGUAUUAUGGACUUUGCAGGGCUAUUUCUGAAUAGCUUGAAUGUAGAAUUUUGAAGGAAGACGUUUUCUUGUCUGUUCUAGAAACUUAAGUUGCAAAAUCCUUGUUUGACGUACAGGGCUGAAAUAUUUAUUUUUAAGUGUGUGUAUGUGUCCGAAUGAGUGAAUGGAUGAAGGCUGACUGGCACUGGAUUUACACAGAUUUGUAUAAUUUUGAGACAGAUUAAAAAGUGCCUAAGAA